AUGCCACACCUCUUCUUUCUUUCCUCUUUCUCUUCUUUGUAUUCACCUGUGGCCACCAUCCUCAAGUCACUAUCCCGUGUGUCGCUUUUCCGCUCUGCUGCCUGCCGCGCACACUCGUUGUCCUCGCGAACUCGGGAGCUAAUCGGUGUAACUCUCCUCCUGCAGGUUGCCGAUUACCGUCUUCGCCCCGAAAGAGCAUCACUGCUUUUGGCGGGCACCGUCUUCGACCUGCCGGGGGACCUAUUGAACCGGUGCCCCUCGGCCAAUCUCCUCUCCAAGUUCGAUGUCCUGUGA